CUCUUGACUACACGACGGACUGUCAAAUGCUGCGACGUCAGUUUCCUUUGCCGUAAAGCGACGGAGAGAAACUGCUUGUGAACCCCCCCAAAAAAGAAGAUAAUUGUCGGUGCAUCUGAGAGACCCAUACAAAGACCCUAAACAUAGUUGAAACUGCGGGGGGAUUCCGUCGUCUUUAGCGUCUAUACUUGCAUGACCCCAAUCCCCGGGUGUGGUGGGGUUGCUUUGUGUUUUUCUCCUGAUAUUUGUAUAUGAAACCUUAGCCCCCUUACUGCUUUCACUAGAAAAGAUAUAUAGCUUGUCAUUGCAAUGGCCUCCGGUAGCAACAUGGACAGAGAAAUGAUUCUGGCUGAUUUUCAGGCAUGUACUGGAAUAGACAACAUAGCGGAAGCCAUCACUUUGCUGGAACAGAAUAACUGGGAUUUAGUGGCAACCAUUAAUGGAGUGAUCCCACAGGAGAACGGCAUCUUACAGAGUGAUUUUGCCAGAGAGACGGCUCAAAGCCUGGCAUACGAUCCGGGUAGCCAGCCUUCCGUCGCCACUGCUGCCCCCUCCUCCUCCUCACCACCGUCCUCCUCCGCCUCAGCCUCCGCCUUCUGUCCCGUGGUGCCGGUGCGUGGGGCCGUCGUGGAGAGGCAGCCACGCAUGCUCAACUUCUGCGUGGAGUACCGCAGCACAAACGUAGAUGUGGUGCUGGAGGAGUCCAGCUCAGUGGGUGAAAUUAAACAGAUUCUGGAAACUGAACUCCAUGUCCCUGUGUCAAAAAUGCAGCUGAAGGGCUGGAAGACGGGAGACGUCACUGACAGCACUGUUUUGAGGAGUCUACAUUUGCCCAAGAAUAACAGCCUCUAUGUAUUAACACCAGACAUAGCGCCAACAGCCACGACAAGUCAAUCCGGCACCCUGCAGGAAUCAUUAAAUCAAAACUUCCUGCUCGUCAUUAGCCAUCACGAAGCCCAGCGGGACUACAGCCUCAACUUCCCAGGAAGUAAAACCAUUCAGGAGGUAAAAAGAAACAUAUACGACCUCACGAACAUCCCUGUCCGACAUCAGCAAUGGGAAGGCUGGCCUGCCACUGCCAGAGACGACUCGAUGACGCUAGCUGUGGCUGGGAUAAGCUUCCCCUGUCAUCGUCUUACCGUCUGCCGGAGAACGUCCCCUGCCCACACCCAAGAGCAGUCUGAGGAGUGUACGGAUGUCCACAUGGUGAGCGACAGUGAAGGGGAUGACUUUGAGGAUGCCUCCGAGUUCGGGGUAGAUGAAGGAGAGAUAUUUGGAAUGGGGACCUCAGCCUCCCGGAAGUCUCCAAUGAUGCCAGAAAACGCUGAGAAUGAGGGAGAUGCCUUACUGCACUUUACUGCCGAAUUCUCAUCAAGAUAUGGAGAGUGCCACCCUGUGUUCUUCAUCGGCUCGCUCGAGGCAGCAUUUCUGGAGACCUUCUAUGGGAAAGCCCGGGAUAGAAAGCCUGUCGCCAUCUACCUUCACCACGAUGACAGCGUCCUCACCAACGUCUUCUGCUCCCAGAUGCUGUGUGCCGAAUCCAUCGUCUCCUACCUCAGCCAGAACUGCAUCACCUGGGCGUGGGACAUGACGAAGGAAGCCAACAGAGCAAGAUUACUCACGAUGUGCACGAGGCACUUUGGCAGCGUGGUGGCACAGACCAUCCGAACUUACAAAACCGAUCAGUUCCCCCUCUUACUCAUCGUCAUGGGAAAAAGGUCGUCGAACGAAGUCUUAAACGUGAUUCAGGGGAACACGACAGUGGACGAGCUGAUGAUGAGGCUCAUGGCAGCCAUGGAGAUCUUCACUGCUCAACAGCAAGAGGACAUUAGAGAUGAGGACGAACGAGAAGCACGAGAGCUGGUGAAGAGGGAACAGGAUGAAGCCUAUCGUGUGUCUUUGGAGGCAGACCGAGCCAAGAGGGAAGCCCAGGAGAGGGAGAUGGCAGAGCAGGUUCGUCUGGAACAGAUCCGGAAAGAGCAGGAGGACGAGCGAGAGGCUAUCCGUCUGUCCCUGGAGCAGGCCCUGCCCCCAGAGCCGGAGGAGGAGGGCAGUGAGCCAAUCAGCAAGCUGCGAAUCCGCACGCCGAGCGGGGAGUUCCUGGAGCGGCGCUUCCUGGGCAGCUGCAAGCUGCAGGUCCUCUUCGACUUCGUGGCAUCCAAAGGGUUCCCCUGGGAAGAGUUCAAACUGCUCACUACGUUCCCUCGCAGAAACGUGACCCAGUUGGACCCGACGUGGAGUUUAGUGGAGGCAAAACUUUUUCCUCAAGAAACUCUCUUCCUGGAAGCGAAAGAGUAGGUAGAAGAAAGAGCCACAGAGAAGAUCAGCGGCGUCCUUCUCACUGCGAAGAGCCAGCGAGCCAGCCAGCCAGCCAGCCAGCCGUUCACACCCUCCAUCACGACACACACACUCACACUCACUCUCUCUCUCUCUCUCUCUCUCUCUCUCUCUCUCGAGAUACGAACGGCAGAUCUUACGCAGACUCCUCCAGUAGUGUUUUGUGUGUAAAGAAAAAAAAGAAUAAAGAAUAGUGAAAAAGAAGAAAACCAGGAAAAUGCUGGCCUCUGCUACCCUACAUCCUGGUCUGGUCUGGUGUUCGGCAUCGCUCCUGAUACUGCUGGGACGUGAAUGAGCAUUAGUUUGAACUUUAGACCUGCCCCACCCUUCCUUCCUUCCUCCUUCCUCAACGAGUCAUGAGGAAACUUAAUCUAAUUCAUUUACAUGCUUUGCUUUUCCCCCUUUUAUUAUUAUUAUUUUUAUUUAAUUUUGAGUUGAAUGCUGUAUUUGUUUUAGUUUGAUUGAUAUAUAUAUAUAUAUAUAUAUAUAUAUAUAUAUAUAUAUAUAUAUAUAUAUAUAUAUAUAUAUAUAUAUACUUGACUGAGCCAGCACUCUUGAAAACACACGCUAAAUGAUUGAUUUAUUGUUUUUGUUUUUUAAGAUUUUAACGGGUGACAGUAUUUAUGUGGAGCUCUGAAUACUUUUUGCCAUGAAUAAUUCAGUGUUCUUUUAUUUUGCGGGUGGCUGGUGGUGCAAUUGUGUUUUUUGUUGUUUAGCUGACAACUGACUUUUAUAAAGAACAUAAUUUGCCAUUUAUAUUAUAAUGCAUAUUUAUUUUGACAUGGAAGCUUUUAGUGCACUGGUUAUCGUUCCAGAUUCUAAUUUUUUUUUUUGUAAUUUUUUUUUUUCCCUCAUAUUGUGUGUGUGUGUGCUGCUCUUUUCAACGCUGUGAUUGUUUCAGUAAUGAUACAAUAAGUUUCCUGAAGUGAGUUUCCACAUUAAACAGUACUCAGAAUUGUUGGCUUGGGGAAUCAUUUCCCUAGAUUCCAGUCCCAGGGAUGUUCCAUGGCUGUGGUCCUCACUGUUUAACAAACAUCUCCUAAAGAAAACAGUGUUUCAGUAUUAGUCGCCCUUCUUAAACGUUUCCUGUUUGUAGCUGAGCCAGCCAAGUCUCAAGUCUAAAUUCGAUGUGAAUAUUUUCCAUUAUACAUACUACUGCAGACAAUGGGUAAUAAGUGCCUUGUUGAAUUAUGAAGCAGUUAGGGUGCUUGAGAGUUGCUCAGCUGGUCUCUACGCUUGAGGUUCAGAACAGCAGUCACGUGUUUGUCUGCUUGUGAAUAUUCAGUGUUGUGUUUGUGUGAUGUCGCCAGAGGGAGGGGGUAACAGGGAAUGGGCUGGUGGGAUAAGGGCCUGAACUAAAUGUCUUGGUGCCCAAGCGGUGAAGAGAAUUAUGGGAGACAGUACUGGACGUGUCUUUUUCACAAAGGCGGUGUGACUAGUCCUGGCCGUAAUUAUUUAAAAAAUCAUAGUUGGGGGGGGGGGAUAAAUAAAUAUGUGAAUACAUUUCCACAUUUUUGUAAAUACAAGUUUUGAGAUACCUCAAAGGUCAUUCAGACAUUUGUCAGUCAACUUUGGUGAUGAAUGGUUUUGAUUCGAUGCCAUCAAUUUCUUCCAGGGUUUCUAACAAAGUUAUUCUUUGGAGAAGGUGGUCAACUAAAAUAACUAGAAAGAAACGGAAAUAAAAGUUGCAUUUACAGAAGAAAGCAUUCCCCCCAGUACAGCGUCGUAAUAAUUCCCAAGAAAUGUAUCGCUUGCCAGUAUUGAAACGUUUUGAGGAAGUUACUCUUUUUAAUAAACAUUGAUCUACUUGUCCGUAUGCAGACUACAGAAAACGUCUUUUUUCUUUCACUGUUACCACUGUAACCCUGGAUUGCAUCAGAAAAGGAAAAAAAAACCUCUCGAUCCCACUUCUAUCUUCACAGUUCCGUGCUUACCUCGUAAUCAACCAUUUUUCUUAUCAACCUCUCGAUACCACUUCUAUCUUCACAGUUCCUGUGCCUACCUUGUAACCUCACCCAUUUUUCUUGUCAACCUAGAGAACUCUCAAGGUUUUAAAUACGUCUAACAAAUUUACCAACUUGCAAUGGAUGUAAUGUUGCAUUUUCAUGCUGUCAGUUUUCGACUGAAAUAAAUAAUAAAAUGUU